CCCGCGCCGCCGCGACGCUCGCACGCGAGUGAAGUGAUGGUUCAGUGCUCUUGAUUAUUGGAUUCACACUUUUUCCCGUUGACACAGGUGUGCGUGGAGACAGGCGCUGCAUGUGCGGUGAUGCGCCGCGAGCGCCCGGGAUCGACAUAUGCAUGCCGCCCGCGCCCCCGGUGUGGUUGUGAUGACAUGGUGGUGGGCGCUUGCGCUCCUAGCGCUGGCGACUCCCGCCCGCCCCGCGCCCCGGGCGGGCAACGGUGAGCUAAUUUACAGUUACCAAAUGUCCCGCAAAUCAUGCGAGGCCGGUGGGUCGCGAGGCUCCUGCAUGUGGGUGCAAGAAUGCAACCGAGUCGGGGGCAAACAUGCAGGAGUGUGCAUAGACCGAUUCAUCAUCGGCUCUUGCUGUUUACUGCCAGAGAAGCCAAUCAGUAUAGAAGAAACACAAAGUCCAGUCACAAUGACAGAAAAACCAUAUACACCGCCACCUAGCGGUCACAGCACGACGCACCAGCAAGUGGAGGCGUCAACACAAACAAUAGCACGGCCAAACUGGCAAACUCAAAGACCGUCGUUCAUGACCAAACCAAUAGAUGGCGCGCCCACGUCCUACAGUUAUAGACCGCCAGAAAUAAACUUACCUUCCUUAGACAAUUUAGAAUCGAGUAGCGAAAAAAAUAGUGAUAUAGUUAAUAAAAUAACGUAUAACAGUGUAAAUAAGUACCAAAAUGUAAAUAGGCCGAGUGAAGCGGAAACUAGUCCCCACAAUAAGAUUUCGUCUAGUCUUAGUAUAUUAUCGGGAGCGCGGCCGAUGGCCGUGUCGGAGCAGCAUGCUGAAAAUAGCAUUUCGUCAGCACAAAUAAUGUCGAGACCAAGCAACUUGAACACCAUCCACUGGCAGGCGACGACAGAGCCCUCCUUCAUCACGAAACCCCGACCCUCCAACUGGGAGAAGCCGGCUGGCAAGCCGAAGCCAACGAAGAAGUUCACCACGACCACCAGCAAGCCGCACAAGAACUACCAGAAGCCGAAGGAUCCGUACGUCAAGACGGACGAGUCGACGCAAGCGCCGAUACAGACCACGGUGGCUACUAAUAGUGCUGAGUGCGGUGUAACAUCAAUGUGGCCGCGGCCAGAGACGCGGAUCAUGGGCGGCAAGGACUCCAGCUUCGGCAAGUGGCCGUGGCAGGUGUCUGUGAGACGGAACUCAUAUUUCGGGUUCUCCUCCACGCAUCGGUGUGGGGGCGCCAUCAUCAACGAAGGCUGGAUCGCUACGGCUGGCCAUUGUGUUGAUGACCUCCUCACCUCCCAAAUAAGGAUACGAGUCGGCGAAUACGACUUCUCAUCAGUGUCAGAACAGUACCCUUUUGUGGAACGCGGCGUGGCACGGAAGGCCGUCCAUCCGAAGUACAAUUUCUUCACGUACGAGUACGAUCUGGCGCUGGUGAAGUUAGAAGCGCCGGUUCAGUUCGCCCCCCAUAUAUCUCCGAUCUGCCUGCCGGCGACCGAUGACCUGCUGGUGGGGGAGAACGCCACUGUGACAGGGUGGGGCAGGCUGUCUGAAGGAGGGGUGCUGCCGUCUAUUUUACAAGAGGUGCAAGUGCCAAUAGUGUCGAACGAGCGGUGCAAGUCGAUGUUCCUCCGGGCUGGCAGGCACGAGUUCAUACCAGACAUCUUCCUGUGCGCCGGCCACGAGAGAGGCGGCCACGACUCCUGCCAGGGAGACUCGGGGGGGCCGCUGCAGGUAAAAGGGAAAGACCAAAGGUAUUUCCUCGCCGGCAUCAUUAGUUGGGGUAUAGGAUGCGGCGAAGCGAAUCUGCCCGGCGUUUGCACGAGAAUAUCAAAAUUUGUGCCCUGGAUAUUACAGACGGUGAACUCUUAAGAGAUACUUUGUGAAGUGCUGAAUGAACGUAGGCGCGACAAACGACUCAAUAUGACCACGAACGGACUUAACAAGUGCAGUGCAAGUUACCUUCAAAAAUGUUGAAUGGAAUCAACAUUUUCUGAGGCGUUUCAUUUGGAAUAGUCCACCCGAAGCUGUAGAGCCUAACGACACUGUAGUUUGCGUUUUGAAGCUUCAAAGCGGUGAUAAGCUCGGCUUGAACAAUAGAACGCCUUUUAUCAACUCAAUUCUCCAGGGAUACUCUUGAAGAGUCCUUAUUAAUGGUUCCGUUUGUCCCUCUCAUACGUCCCAAGUUUCAGGAAGGUGCGAGAGUAACAAAUGAAGUCAGAAAUUCGGGAAUCAAGUUGCAGAGUGUCCCUGCCCUAUACCAAUAAACGUUGGACCGAUGUUAUCAUUGAUAAUGUUUUAUUUUUACUGAUUUACUUGACGAAAUUUUAUUGUAAGUUAAAGUUUAUUGGUAAAGGGGAACGGUGCAAGAAUUAAUUGUAUUCUUCCGCCUUAAGCACUUGGUACCAUUUCGUAUAUUUCAUGUAAAUAAUGUAAACUGUAUGAGCUAAUUUAACCUUUCUACAAAAAUGUUAUUUUGAUUAAUUUAGGUUUAGACACGAAAAUAUUGUAAAUACACUGUAUUUUACGUACCUACGUAUUUCUUGCCUUUUAGUUUAGUGAUUUUUUAAACUUUUUAUACAGUAUUAUUUACGCAUUGUUUUGGUUGAAUAUCUAUGCCAGCUUUAUGUAAAUAAUUUUCUACAAUUUCAUUUUUCUUGACUGUUUCAUGUAAUUAUUGUAAACUUUCUGUUGUUAGAAAUGUUAUUUAAAUGCUUUAAUGAAACUUUAAAUUUACGAGACCUCACAAGUUAAGCAUUUUAUGUAUAUGCGCACUGAUGUGAUGUUUGUCUAUAGUAUAUUCUAUUACAAUUUUGUUUGAAUGGAUAGUUUAUGAUGAUGUUGAUUUAAUAUUGUUUAUAUUAAAUAUUGAAUACACUCUUUGUUUUCA